AUGUCAAAGAAGAACGACUCCCAGAAGAACGCGGUCAUCGUCGGCGGCGGCUUCAUAGGCUCCCUCGCUGCCCGCGAGCUCUCGCAGAAACUCGACCCUGCGCGGUACAAGCUUAUUCUCAUCAACAAGCGGCAACGGCUCCUUCCUCCGUGGCAACGUCAACUUGUUGUCACCGAUGCAGACCCCAUCAGUCAAGGAUAA